CGAGCAGAUCUGAAGUUGUUAAAGCUGUUGCUAAAAUCAAAAAACGUGCAUUGGAGACUGGGAAAAAGCCAACUCAGCUUAUCCAAGAUAAUAUGAAUAGUAUUCCUGAAGAAGUCAGACCAUAUAUGCCAAUGCUCAGUGCCCUUCACAGAGUGGUAACUCAUGCUCGAAAAAAUGAAGAAUUACAAGAACCACAAAAGUUUGCUGAAGAUAACGAUCUUCAAUUAAUGCCUACUCGAAUUAUUACUAACUUCAAGUUGGCACCUAUCAAUGCAUCUCAUUAUGAAUUCCUAAAUGCAGUUCAAAAAGCUCAAGAAAUUCCUGUCACAUUUGAAAUUCUGAAGGUAAUUAUGCCUUCAGAAGCAAGUAAUAUAACUCAAUGGUUCGAGGAAUAUUAUGUUCUUGGAAAAUCUAUUUAUGAUUCGAUUGAGCUAGGCAUUCCAAGAACACAGAAUGUUGUAGAGGUCUGGCACCACUGUUGGAAGACAUUAGUUAGAGAAUUAAAU